AUGGAUCCGCUCAGCGUCACAGCCAGCAUCAUCGCAGUUCUCCAGCUCUCGGCCAAGGUCCUUGGAUAUCUCAACGACGUCAAGGAUGCUUCAAAAGAUCGUGCAAAGUGCGAGAUUGAGGCCUCAAACGUACACAGUCUCCUCACCAAUUUAAGGUUCCGUCUUGAAGUGGGAAGUGCCGACGAACCGUGGUACACCGCUGUCCGAGCCCUUGGAGUCGAGAAUGGACCACUCGACCAGUUCAAGCAAGCGCUAGAAGAAUUGCAGACUACAAUGACAGAUAGAGGUCGAUUACAGCAGGCAGGCAAAGCGCUAGUAUGGAAGUUUAAGAAGGAAGAAAUCACUAGCAUAUUAGUCCGAAUCGAGCGUUUAAAAGGGCUCGUGGGGAUCGCAUUACAGAUGGACCAUUUGAGUAAACUAUCCCAAGCCAUUAAAGAUGAUACUAAGGUCCUCCGAACACACAUGCCCGUAAUACAUUCUCGAGUAGACGAGAUCCAGCAAGAUCAAGUCGAUGCAAAGCAUAGUAAGAUAGUGGGAUGGAUCUCGCCUACUAACUACCCCGCACAACAAUCGGACAUCAUACGUCGCAGACAGGAGGGCACAGGCCAGUGGUUUCUCGACGCGCCUGAGUUUACAACGUGGCUCAGUGCGCCCAAGGGCACUCUUUUCUGUCCAGGAAUGCCUGGCGCUGGCAAGACCAUGGUGGCUGCGAUAGUGAUCGACCGCCUCCUCAAGUCUGUGCAGAGCAGCUCAGUCGGAGUUGCAUACGUGUACUGCAACUACAAAGCACAGGAAGAGCAGGAUGUCUACGGUAUGCUGGCAGCCAUUGUUAAGCAGCUCGUGCAGGGUCGGCCGUCAACAGCGGGGCCUGUGGAGCGACUGCACAAGCAGCAUGCCGAUCGAGGUACGAAGCCGUCGCUCGAAGAAACGCUAGGCGCCCUCAAAGAGAUACUAUCAAAGUACUCUGCUGUCUAUAUCGUGGUGGAUGCUCUAGAUGAGUGCCGAGCCAAUGACGGCACGCGUCGUCAGUUUCUGGCCAAGCUGCGAGACUUGCAAGCAGGGCAAGAUGUCCGCCUUAUGGCUACUGCGCGGUUCAUACCCGAAGUGGAGGAUGCCUUUAGAGAUACAGCGUGGCUUGAAGUUAGGGCCAGCAAAGAAGACGUGAAGCGAUUUGUAGCUGGUCAGAUACAUCGACUGCCUAGAUGUGUUCAGCGCGACCUUGCGCUGCAGGCCACAAUACAAGAAAGGUUAGCUGAGGCGGUAGAUGGGAUGUAUGCGUUCUAA